CACUUUCGAACUUGCACAUUUCCUCGGCUCUGAGCAACACAAAAUAAACUCAGCCGCCAUUUUAUUAACCCAAAACUCUGCGCUCCGGCGAUGGGUGUCACCGACUUCUUCGCCGGUGAGAUAGCCACCGAGCUCCUCAAGAUGCUAAUAACAAUAUCGCGCAAAUCUCUUUUGUGCAAAACGACAGCCGAUUCCCUCAUAAUGAGCAUAAAUGACCUCCUACCUAUCAUUCAAGAAAUCAAAUUCUCCGGCGUCGAACUCCCCGCUUUUCGUCAAGCCCAACUCGACCGCCUCUCGGAGACUCUCCGCGAUGGUCUCGAGCUGUCCCGCAAGGUCCUCGGCUCUAACCGCUGGAAUGUCUACAAAAAUCUUCAGCUUGCUAAAAAAAUGGAAAGGCUUGAAAAGAAUAUCUCGAGGUUCCUUAAUGGACCUAUGCAAGCACACUUAUUAGCUGACGUUCAUCAUAUGAGAUUUGAAACUGCGGAGAGAUUUGAUAGGCUUGAAGGUUCAGCCAAGCGAUUGGAGCAAAAGCUUGGGGCUAUGAAAAUUGGGGUAGGGAGUGGAGGGUGGAUGGAGGAGGCUGUGAAGAGAAUGGAAGUGGAGGAGGAGAGCAAUUUAGUAAAUUUAUUAGGCGUAGGCAUGGAAAUGGGAAAGAAGAAGGUGAAGGACAUGGUGAUUGGGAGAGAGGAGUUAGGGGUUGUUGGGAUCUGUGGAAUUGGUGGCUCAGGGAAGACUACUUUGGCUUCUGAAGUAUGCAGGGAUGAUCAAGUUAUAAGUCACUUCCAGAAAAGAAUUUUGUUCCUGACAGUAUCACAGUCUCCAAAUGUAGAGCAGUUGAGGGCAAAAAUUUUGGAAUUUAUUUCAGGAAAUGAUGGUAUGGUUGACUGUGUGAAUGAUCUGAUCCCUAAAUGGAAUCUACCAUUCGGAGGGAGAACCCGAAUGUUGGUUGUUUUGGAUGAUGUAUGGUCACUUUCUGUACUUGAGCAGCUAAUUUGUAGAGUACCUGGAUGUAAAACGCUUGUUGUUUCACGAUUCAAAUUCUCAAAAGUUCUAAAUGCUACUUAUGAAGUUGAAUUAUUGAAGGGAGAUGAAGCAAUCUCCCUGUUCUGCCUUUCUGCUUUUGGACAGAAAUCUAUCCCUCUUGCUGCUGAUGUCAAUUUGGUCAAUCAGAUUGUAAAUGAAUGUAAAGGACUUCCCUUGGCUCUCAAAGUGAUUGGAGCUUCGCUAAGAGAUCAACCUGAAAUGUACUGGGCAAGUGCGAGGAAGAGAUUGUCAAGGGGUGAACCUAUUUGCGAGUCCCAUGAAAACAAGUUGCUUGAUAGGAUGGCUAUAAGUGUUCAGUUCUUGUCUAAAAAGGUUCGGGAAUGCUUCUUGGAUUUAGGAUGCUUUCCUGAAGACAAGAAGAUCCCUCUAGAUGUUCUCAUCAACUUGUGGGUAGAGAUACAUGACCUUGAGGAGGAAGAUGCUUUUGCUAUCCUUGUUGAGCUUUCAGACAAGAAUCUUCUUACCCUGGUGAAGGAUGCACGAGCUGGGGAUCUAUAUAGCAGUUACUAUGAGAUCUCUGUUACCCAGCAUGAUGUGUUGCGGGAUCUGGCUAUCCAUUUGGCAAACCGUGGAGAUGUAAAUGAACGCAAGCGGUUAAUCAUGCCGAGAAGAGAACCUGAGGUUCCAAAAGAAUGGGAUAGAAAUGCUGAUAUGCCCUUCAAUGCUCAAAUUGUUUCAAUUCAUACAGAUGAGAUGAGAGAAAUGGACUGGCUGCGGAUGGAGUUCCCAAAGGCAGAAGCGCUGGUCUUAAACUUCUCCGCGAAUGAGUACUUCUUGCCUCCCUUCAUUUAUGACAUGCCGAAGCUUAGGGCACUGAUAGUGAUAAAUUAUAGUACACAAAAUGCAACACUAAGCAACUUUUCAGUUUUUUCUAAUUUGGGCACCUUAAGGAGCCUUUGGCUUGAAAAGGUAUCUAUUGCGCAAUUGACAGAAUCUACAAUCCCCUUGAAAAGAUUGCAAAAAAUCUCUCUCGUACUAUGCAAGAUCAAUAACAGCCUUGAUCAGUCUGUUACAGACCUACCCCAAAUCUUCCCUUCUCUGACAGAGCUUACUAUCGAUCACUGUGAUGAUUUGUUCACAUUGCCUUCUAGCAUUUGUAAAAUGCACUACCUGAAGAGUCUUAGCAUCACCAAUUGCCACAGUCUUCGAGAAAUCCCUGCUGAUUUGGGAAACCUGAGAUCUCUACAAAUUCUGAGGUUGUAUGCUUGUCCAACUUUGAAGAAGCUUCCAUCAAGCUUAUGUGAUCUAGUCUUUUUGAAAUACCUUGACAUUUCUCAAUGUAUUAAUUUAAAACAUCUUCCAGAGAGAAUUGGUAGAUUAUCAAGGUUGGAGAAGAUUGACAUGAGGGAAUGCUCACAAAUUUGGAAUUUACCAAAGUCUGUUGAGUCAUUAGAGUCUUUGCGCAGUGUAAUUUGUGAUGAGGAGGUUUCUUAUUUGUGGAAGGAUGCUAGGAAGAUGAAUAUCCAUGUCCAGGUUGCAGAGGAACAGUUCAAUCUUGAUUGGCUUGAUGAAUAAUAAUAAGUAGCCUAUACCCUGUUGAUACUGGUAGAAAUUAGUGUAAAUCAUUCUUUAAUUUUGGUUUUUAAGCCAAAAAUUCCAAAUUUUUCUGUUAUUUCCUAAUCUAGACUUUAUAAGCCUUAA